UGGGUAUUUUUGGGGGGGUGCUGUGUUUAGUGGCUGUUUGUCCUACUUUUGUAGAUAAUUGUUGAUAGUGUUUUUUUACCGCUCAAAAUUAUAGUCGAACGUCCUACAUGAUUGUUUUCCUAAAGCUGAAGAAUCUUAAUAUAUUGCUGAGUGGUUUCGAAUGAAAAAUUUUUAUAUUAUUCUGGGGAAGAUUAGAUUGUGUUCAAAAAAAGUGAUGCUCGGAAAACAUGGAUGUCAAAACCCGGACAACUAGGAAGUUGUGUUUCAGGAAGCCUGGACAAAAUGCUGGAGAGAAGACAGAGGAUUCAUCAGAGAGCGAACAGCCUUGUCGAAUGCAACAUGGCUCUUUAAGAGUCAAACGAAAAUCCAAAACUCCACACAAAAAACGCAAGAAAAGAAACUCUGUUAUUAUCGAGAAUGUUAGUAAGCUUAAAGGAGACAAUAAUAUUGCUGAAGGGAAAAUCGAUGCCUUUGCUUCUUUAACGAGUACACCAAUUGCUGGUAAACCAAUUAGUAAAUUAAUGAAAAAAGAAUCUAAUCUUGAAAACAAGGAGCUCACGACGCUAGCAUUCAAUACAACGUCUUCACACCAUACUUCAGUUUUGCACUCUAUUUCCGAUCUUUGGGGUCAAGACGACCAAGUUUUUGCUGAUUUUGAUUUAAGCGAUGCUGUUGCAAGUUCAGGCCAACAUUCAGCUCCUACAAAUCAAAAGACUUCAUCAGAGGAAAAAGGAGAAGGGUUUAAUGACACUGAUAUUACAGAUGCCAUCCCCAGUACAGUGCCAGGGGCCCCUGAGAAAGAUCAAGUUCAACAAAUAACAGCUGAAGAGCAUCCCAAACUAGAGAGUGCAUUUUAUGGUCUCCCUAUCAAGGUCAAAGAUCUCUUUCUUGCUCAUCGUGGUAUUCAAAACCUAUAUGAGUGGCAAGAUGCAUGUCUUAAAUUACCUGCUAUCCAAGAGAAGAGGAAUCUGAUCUACUCAUUACCGACUAGUGGUGGGAAAACUUUGGUUGCAGAGAUUCUGAUGAUGAAGGAGCUACUUGUGCAUCACAAGGAUGUAAUGCUGGUGCUUCCGUUUGUCUCUAUUGUACAGGAAAAGGUGAAGACUAUCACUCAGUUUGCUGUAGAACUAGGGUUUGUGGUUGAAGAAUAUGCAGGGAGUAAGGGCAAGUUUCCUCCCAGGAAAAGGCGGACAAAGAGGGCCUUGUAUAUUGCAACAAUAGAGAAAGCUAACAGUCUAGUGAACAGUCUGAUUGAAGAGAAAAGAAUGGAUGAUCUAGGUCUGAUUGUUGUUGAUGAGCUGCAUAUGCUAGGCGAAGGAGGUGGAAGGGGUGCAACCCUUGAAAUGUGCCUUGCGAAAACUCUCUUUUCAACAAACCACAUCCAGAUAGUAGGGAUGAGUGCUACUCUUAGCAACAUUGGCGAUCUGCAGAAGUUUCUGAUGGCUGAGGUGUACUCUAAUGACUUUCGACCAGUUGAGUUGCAGGAAUAUGUGAAAGUGGACAACAUUGUCUACAAAGUACCUUGCAGCAGCAGCAAGUCUGAAGCAGAUGAGAUAUAUGUGCAAGUGAGGCAUAUUAGCCACAGCCCAACCAUUGGAAAGGACCAAAGACAAAUAAAAGAUCCUGGAAAGGACCAAAGACUAAUAAAAGACCCUGGAAAGGACCAAAGACAAAUAAAAGACCCUGGAAAGGACCAAAGACAAAUAAAAGACCCUGGAAAGGACCAAAGACAAAUAAAAGAUCCUGGAAAGGACCAAAGGCAUAUCAAAGAUCCUGAUCACCUGGUCCCACUUGUACUUGAAGUGAUUCCUCAGCAUUCCUGUCUUAUUUUUUGCGCUACAAAGAAGAACUGUGAGAAUGUUGCCAAGCUAAUGGUCGAGUUCCUUCCACGGGAAAUGACUCAGGUAAAAAUAGGUGAGCGUAUGGAGCUUCUUCAAGCAUUGCACCAUCAGGCUAAUGGCUUGUGCCCAGUCCUUAAGAAGUCUGUACCAUACGGGAUUGCAUACCACCAUAGUGGUCUCACCAUGGACGAGAGAAAGCUGAUCGAAGAUGCGUACAGCCAGGGAGUGCUGUGUGCCCUGACGUGUACAUCCACUCUUGCUGCUGGCGUCAAUUUGCCUGCAAAAAGGGUCAUCCUCCGUGCACCGUAUAUUGGUCGCAACAUCAUUAGAAAAAGUCAGUACAAACAGAUGAUUGGGCGGGCGGGUAGAGCAGGUAUCGACUCCACAGGGGAGAGUAUUCUUAUCAUCAAAACCACGGACAAACACAAGGUCGCACCCUUGUUUAGCGGUGAGUUUGAUAGUUGUCAAAGUAGUUUACCGUACCAAGAAUACAAAGGUCUUCGCACUCUCUUCCUCACACUUCUAGGACUCAAGAUUUGUCAAACCAAGAGUGAGCUGGUGUCUUUUCUGAGCCGCACACUGAUGGCAAUACAACUAGGGGACUCAUUUGACGCAGACCAGCAUGCCACUGAGGCACUCCGCACACUGGUCUCUCUAGGACACGUGAAAGCGGUGGAUGACGGCGAAGAUCACCAGAUAGAGAUCACCCCUCUAGGGCGUGCUACUUACAAAGGAAGUCUUGACAUCGACGACACCCCGAGUGUGUACAGCGAGAUCAAGCGUGCUAUGGGGGCCAUGGUUCUCACCAACGAACUUCACCUUCUUUACCUAACCACGCCCUUAGAUCAGGGCGGCACCAUCCAGCCGGACUGGAUGGCCUACCAAAGAGAGGUUGCAACUCUUGGUCCCGAAGAGCAGAAAGCUGCCGGCCAUAUUGGCGUGACAGACCUGUACCUGUUAGGCCGGGCGUAUGGACGGAGGUUGACCAAGUGUCCGGUGGGCGAGGAAGUGGUCCAUAGGUUCUACCUAUCCUUGAUGCUCUACAAGUUGAUGCAAGGCUCGUCCAUGUGGCACGUGUCAAGUGUGUUCCAGGUCUCGCGCGGCUUCGUCCAGAACUUGCUCACAUCUGCCGCAUCGUACGCCUCCUGUCUCGUGCGAUUUACCGAGGAGUUAGAAGAGUUUUGGACGAUCAAAUUGCUACUGGAAGCCAUGGUCAGAAAGCUAUCGUACACCACCCACCUUGAACUGAUCCCGCUGAUGGAGGUGGCUGGCGUCAAGCAGGCUAGGGCCCGGCAACUAUAUAAGGCAAGAUACCGAAACCUUAGUGACCUGGCCUGGGCUGAGCCCGCAGUUCUUGUGCAGCAGAUAGAACACCUUCCCAAAAAGCAUGCACAGCAGAUCGUGUCCGCCGCUAAGAUGCUACUCAACGAGAAAGCAGACGCCCUGCGGGAAGAAGCUGAAGACUUGGUCAAUGGUCCUGCAAAAUUAUAAUUCAAUACUUAAAAUGAUGAGAGACAGUAGUGUCACGCCAGUCAGCUGCAAAAUAGUGUCACGCCAGUCGGUGUGAAGGCGUCUUACAGCCUUAUAGAAAAUGGCAUUCUCGUGUAUGGACCCAUUUUUCUCCUUUUUAUGUUAUCCUCGAAGACUCGCUGUGUAAUAUUUGUAUAUAUACAUAUUCAUAUAUAUAUUUAUUUUUUCAAAAUACCAAAGGUUAUUAACCUGUAAUCUAAUAAUAUGAAAUAUUACAAAAGGAAUAAGAAUAAGAAAAUAUAAAGAAAUAUAUCAUCCCCUUUUGAAGUUCACCGAAAUACACUCCCUUUUUAAGAAUCUAGCAUUUUCUUAUAGUCGUGGCUUAGAAUUCGAAAAAUACUCUCGCUAAGGCCAGAGGAAUUAACUCAAAGGAUGGAUUAAUGGUUGGAAGUCGUUAAUUAAUUGAUUUUUAAAAAUAGAUAAAAACCGCGUUAAGA